CUGAAACUGAGUUCUGAGUCAGAGCCCUUAGCUGAUGUCAUCAGCAUUUACUAGAGGGUGCCUUGCUGUAUGUUCAGCAGCAUAAACAACAGAGCAAGGAGCAGUGCGGACCUGAACAACACAAGAAGAUUCUGUUGAUUGCACUAAUCUUAGAAAAAUGAAGUCAAUCUUUUACCUGUGUUUUUUGAUUGCUGGGAUUCAUGGUGAUACUCCUUGCCAACAGAAUUCUAGCUACAACAACAGUCCUGAAAAUUACCACGCUGGAAACAGAAUCCAAGUAGGUCCAGCAAACGAAAAUAUGCUGGGUCAUAAAGUAGGGAGAAGCAUUUGUCAGUUUGCAUUUCAUUUUUAUAAGGAGGCUUCUUCUCAGAGAAACAACAAGAAUGUGAUCUUUUCUCCCAUAAGCAUAUCCACUGCCUUAGCAAUGCUGUCCCUGGGUGCUAAAUCAACGACACUGCAAGAGAUUUUUAGAGUGCUCCACUUUAAACCAAAUGAGAUCCAGCAAAGAGAGAUACAUGAAGGUUUCCGUCAGCUCAUGCAGUCACUAAAUCGCCAGAAUGCUAACUUCCAGCUGGAUAUGGGGAAUGUGCUGUUUGUGAAAGACCAGCUGAAACUGCAACAGCAAUUUUUAAAUGAUAUAAAACACUUUUACAGUGGAGAAGCUUUCCCUGAAAACUUCAAGAAUGUCAGACCAGCUCAGCAGAAGAUCAACAAUUACAUAGAGAAAAAAACACAUGGGAAAAUUAAUAACCUACUCAAUAAUCUGGAUCCAGCUACUGAAAUUCUUCUUCUUAGUUAUAUUUACCUUAAGGCCACGUGGAAUAAAACUUUCAAUCCAAAGUACACUAAAGAGGAUGACUUCUUUGUGGAUGAAAACACAGUUGUUAAAGUCCCUAUGAUGUUCCGGAUGGGCAUGUGCAAACACGCCUAUGAUGCCCAGCUGUCUAGCACCGUGGUGCAAAUGGAUUAUAAGGAAGAAAGCAUUAAAGCAUAUUUUAUUCUGCCUGAUGAAGGACAAAUGAGGAAGUUGGAGAAUGGCUUGUCAUGUGAAAGUCUGACUAAAUGGAGAAAAUUACUUUCAGAAAGUUCAACCAAUUUAUAUCUGCCAAGAUUCUCUGUUCAUGGAAGAUUUGACUUAAAACAAAUUCUUUAUAGACUGGGCAUCAGAAAUGUAUUCACUAAUGAAGCUGACCUGUCUGGAAUUACUGGGCAGCCCAGGUACAAGAUUUCAGAGGCUAUCCAUCAGGCCAUUUUGAAUGUGGAUGAGAAUGGCACUGAAGCUUCAGCAGUCUCUACUAUGGAAAUAGUGCCAAUGUCUAAGCCUGUUUCCAUUAUAUUCAAUAGACCCUUCCUGGUGACAAUACUUGACGGUGGUAACAUACUCUUUACUGGCAAAAUCUUUAACCCUGUGGAACAAUAAUUACUAAAGUUCUGUGUGCAUUAACUAUGAGUAAUUUACUGCCACUGUUAAAUAAAGAAACAUUUUGAUCUAAUCAGAGUAGAGAUGGCUUUAGAGGCCACCUUUUCCCUUGUAGUGUUGUAUAUUUUGCUUCACAACUGAGACCUUUAAUAGAUUUUAAAUCACCAUCACUACAGAUUGGUUUGAGUUUGCAUUUAAAAACAAAGAAAAGAAAAGACAUUCGAGUUCAGGCAGAACUGUUAGCAGAGGUGAAAAGAGAAAAUCUUUUGUAAUGCUGAAAGCAGCAAAACAUUUUCUGGAAAGUGAGGAUCAGAAAAGAUGUCGAGACCCCUCCUGUCCACCUCCUCACCGUGUACAUUACAUUUGUUUUGCAUGCUCACUGACUGCCGAAUUAGUCCAUUACACUUCUUUACCACUUACAUCCGUUUUCUUACCAACCUGAGGGUUCAGUCUAGCAGAUACCUAUUAAUAAAUGUAGUACUUACUACCCUGAGUGGCCCCAUUGCUGUCAAUGAGUCUGAUAAAUCAUUGCCCUGUGGCCCCUUUGUGCAACCCAGGCGGGUGAAAAGGAGUCAUAGAGAAGGUGUAAGGUCUCCCUGGUGAAGAACACUGACACCUCUGUAUUGACCAUUUUAGGGCAGGACAGAGGCAUGGCAGGAUUGGGCCAGAGGAAGGAAGUGGCAGAUCAGGAAUGGGAGGAGGUGUGACCAGAGUAGAACUGUAUCAGAGGGGUAGCUGUGUUAGUCUGGAUCUGUAAAAGCAGCAAAGAAUCCUGUGGCACCUUAUAGACUAACAGACGUUUUGCAGCAUAAGCUUUCG